GUAUAUCUCAAUUGAGCGGACCAGAGGCUCCAGUUGCAAGGAAGAACUUCCUGAGGUGAAAAAAAUUGACAAGAGCCAAACUUAAAAUGUAAAACAGUCAAUAGAAUUUCACAAAACAUCGAGUCUGAUUUCGACAUCUCGCGGCUUCCUUCGAACUUCCUUCAUCUGUUUUAUGGGACUCGCGGGUGCGCGCGGCUGUGGGAGCGCGCACAAGCAAACAGUGGCACGCCUGUGGAGGAGUACUGAAUCGCACUAAGGUGUUUGUUCUAUAGAAACGAUGAAGUUGUAAAUAGGGUUUACUGUAGGCCUUACACCAGUGUAUUGGUUUAUUAAGAAGGGGAAAAAAUCGACGAACACACAUUGGACACUGGAUCCUUACCACACGGUGUCCUUACCUGACACAAAGAAAUCUCCGCAUAAAGGUUUCAGAGGAAUGAGAGAGAACCUGUUUCUUCAUGCCCGAGAUCAGGACCUGAUACAGCUAUUUCAGAUCAUUUUGCAUUGGUCGAGGUCUGUAGAGAAUGAUUCUUAAACUUUGACCUCUUUCCUCCAAGUAAAGGAUGGCUGAUCGCAGUGAUCUCGCAGUCGCCCCAGGUCAGCUCUACAUUGAAGUGGAAUACGACUAUGAGUACAAGUCUAAAGACCGUAUGAUAACCAUCAAGCAAGGUGAAUGUUACUUGCUGGUUAAAAAGACUAAUGAAGACUGGUGGCAGGUUCGUAAGGAGGAGAGUAGUAGGCCUUUUUACGUACCUGCUCAGUAUGUUCGUGAAGUGCGGCGAGCCCUCAUGCCACCAACCAAACCUCUCUCGCACAGUGGAGGUGGGAUUGGGGCAAAAGGAGGAUCUGAAAAAAAAGUUCAAACUGCCCUGGAGCACAAACAGUCAGAUGAGAGUUUGAACAAGAGGAGUCCGACUCAGUCACUCCAUGCUGGAUAUCCGACAACAGUGCAGGCACCCAAAGAGGACAAAGCCAGUCCAAAAAGCCCAAGGCUCCGAGUGCCACUGGAUUUGGAUGUAGAGACUGAGAGGGAGGGAGAUAAGGAGAAAAGAAAGGAAGAAGCAGGGGAUGGAGAGUGGAGGAAACAAGGAGUAAAGGAUAGGAGGAGAGAAGAGUGGACAGGGGAUGGAGAAAGGAAAAGAGAUGAAGAAAUGGACAGAGAUAGAGAGAGAGAGCGAAAGACUGAUAGAGAGAUAGGUGAAGAAAAAUCUAAGGAAUGGAAAAGAGAAGAAAGAUGUGAUAGAAAUGAAGAGAAAGCAAGGAAUGGACAGAGGGAGAAGAAGAAGAAAGAAUUAGAGAGAAUAGAUGAUGCAGUAAAGGAGAAAAAGGGUGAAGGAGGGCGACACAAGAUUGCUACACCUGAACAAACUUCAAGAGAAGGAACAGAAAAAAAUCAGAGCGAUUUGGAUACUGGGGAUGAGCUUAGCAGCAGUUCAACUGAGCAGCUCCAGGAAAGACCUGACUCUCCCGUUUACACUAACCUGGAUGAUUCAAAGAUCUCUCAGUCAUCUUUGCCAUCACUGCCAUCAUCCUACCCACUUACUACACAUGCUGACUGGGAGACUUACAAAGAUGCAAAUGGUAGGCACUUCUACUACAACCGCACCACGCAUGAGCGUUCAUGGAAACCCCCACGAUUACGAGACAGCCAUUUGAAGAGGGAGGAGAAACAUAUCACAGCCACUACAGAGACUGAGGAGAGUGGAAAUAUGGCCAAAACAUGCAGUUUGAACCGAAGACAGCCAGGUCCUAUAGUGACAAAAUGGAGGCACAGUACAUAUGUGUUGGAGACUAACAUUAAGGAACCUUCAAAAGCUGGGACCCUAGAUUUAGAAUCGUCCAACCCUUCAUCCCCUAAACAUCCACAUUCCCAUUGUGAAAAAUCUGGAACCCUUAAUGUAACCAAGAUCACUGAGCAUGGCAAAAAAGUCCGAAAGAACUGGACUUCAUCUUGGACAGUUUUGCAAGGCUCUCAGUUGUUAUUUGCUAAAACUCAGGCAAUGGCUUCAAGUUGGUUUGGGAGCCACCAAAAGCCAGAAUUCAGUGUAGAUCUAAAGGGAGCAACUGUAGAAAAAGCAUCUAAAGACAAAUCCAGCAAGAAACAUGUUUUAGAGGUGAAGACUCAACGUGGUACAGAUCUUCUUAUUCAAUCGGAUAGUGAGAACAUCAUUAAUGAGUGGUUCAAAGCCCUAACUGAAGUGAUAAAUACACAUGCCUGGGAGUCUGAUGAAGCUAUUGAAGAUGACAUGCCAGAAUCUCCAGGACUAGAAAAACAAGAGAAAGAUAACCAAGACCAACAGAAGAAGACCAAAACAAGGCUAAGAAAAUUUCUCACACGAAGACCAUCUUUACAAGCUGUAAAAGACAAGGGUUACAUCAAGGAUCUGGUGUUUGGCUGUAAUCUGAUCAGUCUCUGUCAGAGGGAGAAAACUACUAUCCCUCAUUUUGUGAAGAUGUGUAUCGACUACAUAGAGAAUCAAGGUCUGAAUCUGGAUGGUCUCUACAGAGUGAGUGGAAAUCUGGCCGUCAUACAGAAGCUGAGAUUUGCUGUUAACCAUGAUGAGAAGAUAAAUUUAGCAGAUAGUAAAUGGGAGGACAUUCACGUGGCUACCGGGGCACUGAAGAUGUUUUUCAGAGAGCUUCCAGAACCACUUUUCACUUAUGCCUACUUCAAUGACUUUGUCAAUGCUAUCAAAAUCACAGACUAUAAACAAAAAGUAAAUGCAAUCAGAGAUCUAGUGAAGCAGCUGCCUCAACCCAACCAUGAUACAAUGCAGGAACUUUUUAAACACCUGAGAAAAGUAAUAGAGCAUGGCGAGGUGAAUAGGAUGACCACACAGAGUGUUGCUAUCGUAUUUGGCCCAACUUUGUUACGCCCUGAGAUUGAGAACAUACACAUGGCUGUGCAUAUGGUUUAUCAAAACCAAAUUGUUGAGCUUAUUCUACAUGAGUAUGAGGCCAUAUUUGGGAUGUAAGCUGUGAUGCAUCUUUCACCAUCUGAUGAAGACUAUGUGAGGAGCUUCCAUAUCCACUGGUAUCCAUUAUUUGAAAAUGUGGAAAAUUUUAAAUGUAUUAAAUGCAUAAAUAAUAAACCCAUUUGUAUAGUAAGCACAACAAUUCUUUAUUUUUUUCUUUAAUGGAAAAAAGAUGCUUUCAUGCAUUUUUAUAUAUUUGUAUUUAUUUAUUUUUCUUGAAUGCAUAGUAGCUCUUUUUGGACACAUUUGGAUCACCCAUAUUCUGUAACUUGAAAAAGGUUUUGCUGCGCAAACACGAUAGAAUGACACCAGUUUGCUAGCCAAUUUUUUUCUAGGUUAUUAAUUGGAGUGCUUAGAGCUGAAAUAGGCAAUUAACUUCUAAUAUUGUUAUCUGGUUAGCUUUAUUUUGCUGCUGAGAUGCCAGAUUGCUAACAAGAAACAGAUUGCAGAUUGAUCCUUUUAAACAGAUUGCAUACAAGUUUUUUUGUUCAAAUCCUAAAUAAAAAUUAUGUAUUGGUUAAAUUGAUAUUUGACAAUAACCCACAGAGAUGUUUGGAUUCUUUAACAAAUAUCUGAGAAUUUGAUAAACUCAUGUAAAAAUCAUUUUUGGGACUUUUACUAUUAAUAUAAACUCAAAACAUCAAGCAAAAAAUAAAAUGGUGUCAUACAAAAAGAAAAUGGCAACCCAAAACAGUUACCCUGCACCUUUCUAGUUGAACAUAGCAUUUCUAAAUAAACAAAGAAAGAAAAAGGAAACGCUACCAUUUUUCUUGUUCGGGUAUUGGUGUUUGGUUUGACGACUGCUUUAGCUGAGGCAGCAGAAACAUUCAGUUUUCAGGUGCCACCUGUUCACUGCAGUAAGGGGUAAAAAAAUCAGAAAUGGUACGGCUAAAUCUUAUUUGUUUUCAACUCUGCAAUAACCAAAACCUUCAAUUUUCCUAGUGAUUCCUGUUCUUUCUGUUUAGUUUAAUCCACACAACACACACAGGAUUGGACAGUUUGUUGUUGUUGAUGCUUAGGAUAUCAAGUCUAGAAACCCUCUAUGAUCUUUAGUAUGUAAAUGUUUUUUUAAUAUGCUAAUUUUUGUUUUGUGCAUAUGUGCAUGUAUAUCUUUGCUCAUUAAAGUGUUGAAAUGCAAACUCGUUACUGAUAUUAGAUAUCUAUAGAUGCUAAGAUAACUAAUCUGCAGGAUUGGAAAACACUACAGAUAAUAGUAUUUUAAAAAGGUGGUGUUAAACAGUGAUGGUGUUAAAUAAAAUGUUUUUAAAAAUUGUA